AUGGCAGGUUCAGUAAGUUUUGCUGGAGGAUGUGACGUGUUGUACAAGAGCGGUGUCCGAGGGAACGGUGUCUACACAAUAGACCCUGACGGCGGAGGCCGGAUAGAGGUCUACUGUGACAUGGAGAGCGACGGGGGAGGGUGGACAGUCUUCCAGAAGAGACAGGACGGGUCUGUAGACUUCUUCCGCGACUGGGAGGCCUACAGGAGAGGGUUCGGCGACCCACGUGAGUUCUGGAUCGGCCUGGAACACAUCCACCGUCUGACCAAAGCUCGGCCGACGGACCUCCGGGUGACACUGGCCGACUCAGGGGGCACCGAGAAAUUCGCGCGGUACAGGGGUUUCAGAGUCGAUGAUGAGGGCGCGAACUACACGUUACGCCUGGGCCUGUACCUGGAGGGUUCGGCGGGAGAUUCGCUGGAGUACCACAGGGACAUGGCGUUCAGCACCAAGGACAGGGACAACGACAGAUCGGCGGCCAACUGCGCGGAGGACGCUAAGGGAGCCUGGUGGUUCAAUGACUGCCACACGAGUAAUCUGAACGGCGCGUACCACGGCGGCCCCUCACAGUCCGUCAACUGGUACAGCUUCUCAGGAGAUAACGUUCCUCUGGCUAGAGCAGAGAUGAGGCUCCGGCCCUCCGACUUCUAGACAACUAAAACAUACUGAAAAC